GCGACACAGUCGCCGCCUUCCCUUCGGGGUCCGCUCCGGCUGCACCAUGCGUGAGCUGGCCGUCGAGAUCGGGGUCCGAGCCCUGCUCUUCGGGGUCUUCGUUUUUACGGAGUUUCUGGACCCGUUCCAGAGAGUCAUCCAGCCGGAGGAGAUCUGGCUGUACAAAAACCCCCUGGUGCAGUCGGACAACAUCCCCACCCGCCUCAUGUUUGCCAUUUCUUUCCUCACGCCCCUGGCUGUGAUCUGUGUGGUGAAGAUUAUCCGGCGAACAGACAGGACUGAAGUUAAGGAAGCAUUCCUAGCCGUGUCCUUGGCUCUCGCUCUGAACGGCGUCUGCACAAACACGAUUAAGCUGAUCGUGGGCAGACCGCGCCCCGAUUUCUUUCACCGCUGCUUUCCAGAUGGGGUGAUGAACGCGGAGAUGCACUGCACGGGGGACCCCGAGCUGGUGUCCGAGGGCCGCAAGAGCUUCCCCAGCAUCCACUCCUCCUUUGCCUUUUCGGGACUGGGCUUCACGACGUUCUACCUGGCCGGCAAGCUGCACUGCUUCACAGAGAGCGGGCGGGGGAAGAGCUGGCGGCUGUGCGCCGCGAUCCUGCCCCUGUACUGCGCCAUGAUGAUCGCGCUGUCCCGCAUGUGCGACUACAAGCACCACUGGCAAGAUUCGUUCGUGGGCGGCGUCAUUGGCCUCCUGUUCGCCUACAUCUGCUACCGACAGCACUACCCGCCUCUGGCCAACACGGCGUGUCACAAACCCUACGUCAGCCUCCGGGUGCCGGCCUCGCUGAAGAAGGAGGAGGUGCCGGCGGCCGACAGCGCGCCCAGCCUGCCCCCGGAGGGCGCCACCGAGGGCCCCGUGUGACCAGGGCUCAGGAGGUGGACGCGAGGAGGCACCUCUCCCACCGACGUCGUCACACGCGAGGU